CUGGCUCUGCAGGGCGGAGGCUGUGCUGGGGUGUGCGUGGAUCUGACCUUGUUCCCCCUGGACACCAUUAAGACGAGACUCCAGAGUCAGCAGGGCUUCCACCAGGCCGGGGGCUUCAGGGGCAUCUACGCCGGGGUCCCAUCUGCUGCUGUCGGCUCCUUUCCCAAUGCCGCUGCUUUCUUUGCCACCUAUGAGUGCACCAAGUCCCUGCUCGGCACCGGUGGAGCACUUGCAGCCCCGCACAUGGCACCUGUCACCCACAUGGUGGCUGCCUCCCUGGGAGAAACAGUGGCGUGUUUGAUCCGGGUACCGACUGAAGUAGUCAAGCAAAGAACACAGGCCUGUCCCUCCUCCUCCACCUACAACAUGCUGCUGGCAACACUAAGAGAAGAGGGCGCUCGAGGUCUGUAUCGAGGAUACUGGAGUACAGUUCUCCGGGAGAUCCCGUUCUCACUGGUGCAGUUUCCACUUUGGGAAUAUUUAAAGACGCUGUGGUCAUGGAAGCAAGGUCACACACUCCACUCUUGGCAGUCGGCGGUGUGCGGAGCGUUUGCAGGUGCCGUAGCCGCGUUUGUCACCACUCCCCUCGACGUGGCAAAGACCAGGAUCAUGCUUGCGAAGGCCGGGACGGCCACGGCGAGCGGCAACAUUCCUCUGGUGCUCUACGACGUGUGGAGGAGUAGAGGCCUUUCAGGUCUGUUUGCAGGCAGCAUACCAAGGAUCGCCUUCAUAAGCGUGGGUGGUUUCAUCUUCCUCGGAGCCUAUGACAAGGUCCGCCGCACGUUGCAGUAGAGGGUCGUCCUGACCUGGACCUGGACCGGGACCUGGACCUGGACCUGGACCCGGACCUGGAGGAACAUCAGUGAAAGCAUCUGUGGAAGUCGCCCCCUUGUUCCCUGCAGGGGAGCCGAGCACAUCAAUGCUGGGAGCAUUUGGUGGACGGUGCACGGGGUUGAUUGCAUUACCAGAAGAUGCUGCAUUCCUCCUCACAAGCUCCGUGGGUUCAGUCUAACAGUCACCUCGGCACCAGAUUGGUGAUUGGUUGAAAUUAAACUAUGUACGUUUCUAUUUAUGUGUGAGUAAAUGAGUUCUGGUAUUAAAGACUGUCUGGAGAAUGA